AUGGCCAAGAAUAAAUUGAAAAGAAGUUUCACAGGACGGCAAAGCGAAGCUACUUCGAAGAAAGCAAAAUCCUCCUCCGUGAUUAUUACCCCUCCUCCCGAACAACCCCACAGUCGCGAUACACUCAAAACACUUCAAAGCAUUGGGUUGAACAACGACGACAUCGACCUGGCGGUCGACACCCUUCGAACGCUGUCGGAGAAUGCAAGUGUGAUCAAGUCGAAAUCAUGCAAAGAUUUAAGGACAGCGGUGUAUGACUUUCGACAAGCAUGCACCACCGGCUUGAAUGCGUCGAGCGACACCAAUUUGACGGCGCGGAUCAGCGGAUCGCUGGCAGAUGGAGGAUACACAGAGGCACAAAUCUUGCUUGCAGAAAUGCGCAUCCGGGGGCAGGCGCCGAAAUUGGGAGCUUUGUGCCGAUGGGUACGGGAUUUGGAUGUUGUGAGCGGACUGGCGGAGCAGUUGGACGGUUCUUCGACACGAACACCGCUCGAAGAGACUCUCUUGAAAGUGCUGGACUCCAUCUUGCGCCUCACCGGACCAAUUGAUUAUGCUACAGGAGUGGGAAGCGCGGGUCCGAUAUCUGCGAGGGCAGCGUGGGAUUUGAGAGAGCAAGAAAGCAGGAAGCAGGUAUACCAGAGUGUGCUCUCAGGCGACCUAAUCGCAACCGUUCCAACUUCAACGAGAUCCCAAUUCCGUAUCAUCGAAACAACGCCUGGAAUAGAGAGGAAACCCGCAAACCUUCAUCCUGCCAUUCUAUAUGCGUCGACGGACGAUGCCAUACCCCUCCUCACGGAUCCUCCGAAAACGACUCACCAUACCCACCCAGUCGUCCCGAAUCUGCAUCUGCUCAAAGGCGUGCUAACGCCUGAAGAAUGCACACAAAUUAUCGCAGCGGCAGAGAUGAUGGGCUUCACCCCAGAUGCGCCGAUUCGUGCAGACGGAGAGGAAAGCAGUGUGCUGGCACACAAUUUCUAUUGGGUUGUGGAUAACGCAUUCUGUUCCAAAAUCUGGAGUCGAGUCAGGCCUUUCGUGCCAGAGAAUAGCGCUGGAAAGAAGGUUAGAGGUCUAAACCGCCGGUUUAGAGUGUACAGAUACGUUCCUGGGGCCGAGUAUCGCGCCCAUAUUGACGGCGCCUGGCCACCUUCCGGUAUCGACUCCGAGGAUAAAUACAUCUACGACGCCUCGCCCCCAGAAGCGAAGCAAUCUUCUCUUUUCACCUUUCUCAUCUACCUAAACGACGAAUUCGAAGCUGGAGAGACCACUUUCUUCCUACCUAGUGCCAGGGAAGGCACCAUGAAUGCAUAUCCUGUUAAGCCUAUCCAAGGGAGUGUGGCCAUGUUUCCCCACGGCGAAACGGAAGGAAGCCUGUUGCACGAAGGCACAGGUGUGCGAAAAGGCACGAAGGCAUCCGCAAAAUAUGUCAUUCGUACAGAUGUUCUAUAUGACAUCGCAGUAUAG